AGAUGCAAGAGGUCAUUGCUGGGCUAGAGCAGUUCACCUUCACCUUCGAGAAGGAUGUAGAGAUGCAGAAGGGCACUGGACUCCUGCCUUUCCAGGGCAUGGACAAGUCGGGCUCAGCUGUGUGCAACUUUUUCGCUAAAGGGCUCUGUGAGAAAGGGAAGCUCUGUCCUCUCCGGCACAACCGAGGGGAGAAGAUGGUGGUGUGUAAGCACUGGCUGCGGGGACUGUGUAAGAAGGGCGACCAGUGCAAUUUCUUGCACCAGUACGAUGUCACCAGGAUGCCCGAGUGCUACUUCUACUCCAAGUUCGGUGAUUGCAACAACAAGGAAUGUCCCUUUCUCCACGUGAAGCCAGCUUUCAAGACCCGGGACUGUCCUUGGUAUGACCAAGGUUUCUGCAAGGAUGGUCCCCUGUGCAAACACCGCCAUGUCCGUAAGAUAAUGUGCGCUAACUACUUCGUGGGCUUCUGCCCCGAGGGACCCAGGUGCCAAUUUGCACAUCCCAAGAUGAAUCUUUUAUUCAACCCGAGUUUCACGAAGCAGCUUGUCAACUGGCCACGGGGUUCAGCCCCUCCUGCUCGUGCCCAGGAGCCUCGCAGGCCCCCUUCCCCGCCGGAGGGACCGCUUCUCCCCGCUCAGAGGCCCCAGCAGCACCUGGUCUCCUACCACCUGGGACUCAGGGCGCCGGAGCCCGGCCCGUGCUACAGGGUGAGUAGCUGCGGUGCGACUCCCUUCGGGUCAGGUAAGACCACCACACUGGGGUCUACGGGUGUGAAUGAGGGCAGUGAGCGGGCACUGGUAACCCCAAUGUUACCCUAAGUCUCCACGACCUCAUCUGACUUACCUC